UUUUAAUCUUACAGUUUCCCUCCUAAUAAAUCCUGAAAACAAACGAAACAAUGAACAGCUUUAUAGCUACCCGACACAAAACACUCACGCCCGCCACCACUCCAGCCAACAACUCACUGCCCAGUCCUUUCGUCGUCUGCGUAAUAGGGGCGAGCUCUGGCAUAGGCGAGCAUAUCGCUUAUUCAUUUGCACAAGCAGGAGCUUCCGGUAUUAUUCUAGCAUCCCGCAACAACUCUGAACUUACUCGCGUUGCUGAAAAGAUUCGUGUCAUAUCCCCCAAAACACGAGUCGAAAUAUUUUCUUGUGAUAUCACAUUGUCAAGCAACAUUUCGGACCUUGCACAUUAUAUCAAAGAAACUUUCGGUCGCCUCGAUGUCUGUAUUCCCAACUCUGGAUAUGCGGGUCCCGUGACUCUGAAAGUUACUGAAGGUGAUCCGUCAUGGUUCCAAGGAAAUUUCGAUAUAAAUAUGAUUGGGACCUACAAUUGUGCGCAUUAUUUGAUCCCUCUAUUGCUGGAGAGUGAUAAUGGAGCAAAGGGUUUCAUACAGGUUGGAUCAUUGGCUGCGACUUUAACAGGUGGCCCCAUUGCCAAUACAGGGUAUUGCGUGAGUAAAUUUGCACAAAGUAGGUUUUUAGAGAUGGUAGGUUCUCAGUUUGGGGAGGAAGGAUUGGUUGCUGUUACUGUCCAUCCGGGGGCUGUAGCAACGCCGAUGGCUGCUGGAAAUACACCUGAAGUUUUCCUACCUUAUCUUGUUGAUAGUGUGGAUCUUUGUGGUGGGUUUUGUGUAUGGUUGAGUAAGAACAUCAAAGAUUUGAAAUGGAUGAAUGGAAGAUUUCUGGAUGCUAGGUGGGAUAUUGAUGAGUUGCUUAAGAGAAAGCAGGAUGUCGUUGAGAAGGAUCUACUUAAGUGGACAUUAAGAACUUCAUGAGUGAGGAAAAUUCUUCUUGGAAGCGACUUACGUUCAAUACACAACAAUCAAGUAAAGUUUUUGAGAUGAAAACCUCUCAUACUUCUGAGACAUUGGGACAAAAACAUAGCAUGAGCGUUAAUUACAACAAAUAAUGGAACAAGAGAACUGUG